GUCAUAGCGCACAACUUAGCGUGUGGCUAGCCGUACGUAAAUUUAUACCGAGUUUUCGUCAAAGUCUUUGGAAUCGAAAACUCGAAUAGAAAGGCAGUACUGAACUCAAUCCAGAACAGAAGAAGUUCUCUAAGACUGUAAAUUUGGCUGAAAAGACCGGAGUUAUAACCUGUUCCGUUUUCGUCUGCAACAGCCCCCAAAGAUAAUCCAAGUCGGCGCUCCAGGGGAUACACAUCCACCAGCUUGGCGAGUCGCAUACCCCCGGGACUCGGCCUAUCGCAUCCCUUGCUUGACAAGUACUUGCACACCUGCCAGCCCGCCCGAAGUGUGACUGGGAAGUCGAGAAGUGCCUCGCCGGCCUCGGAUCUCGCGGUCUAGUCACCGUUACUCGCCGUCGUUGUCCCUGGCUACGGCAGAAGAGAUGCUGUCAGAAGAGUUUGUGUCGUCCAUCUGCGGACCGCCUCUGACGAGCAAUACCGCCAUCGCAAAAGAUGCCGGCAUCAAUUCCCACACCCUCAGCCCGGCAUAUUCAGUAAAUUCCACAUUCAAGAAGAGCGCCACUCCGGUCAAUUGCCUCGCAGUCAACGAUACCCACGCCUUCGCUGCGCAGCACGAGAAGGCUUAUGUCCACGUUUACUCGAGACUACGAGGAAACCAGGAGGCUUUCGUCUCAUUUCCUGAAAGGAUUCGUUGUUUGACAUUAGCUGGCGAUGUUCUCAUCAUGGGGACGGCAGAAGGCCGUCUCAUGCUCUGGGAGAUCUGCACCGGUAGGCUAGUGUCGACUCCGCCGCGCCACGUGCAGGCCGUUUCGUGCGUAGCUGCAACCUCGUACCAUGUCAUCACAGGGUCCGAUGACUCGGACAUCCACGUCUGGUCGCUCUCUCAGCUCCUAGAGCUCGACUCUACGGCCGAGCACGAGCCAGAUCGCAGCCUCCCCAACCACAGAGCUGCGAUAACGUCUUUGGUCGUCGGCCAGAGUGCUAACCCGGACACGAGCAUCUGCGUUUCUGCCAGCAAGGACAAAUCAUGUAUCGUCUGGAACUACCUGACGGGCGAUGCUCUUCGGACCCUGCUCUUCCCGAGCUUUCCCCUCUGCGUCAACCUAGACCCGUCUUCAAGGGCACUGUUCGUGUCAUCCGAGGACUCUUCUCUCUACAUGGUAGAAUUCUUCGCCGAGAGGCCGUUGCUCGGGCCAGGUGCGGAGGACUCUGCGACUGUAGUUCAAGUGUCGUCAGCCUUUGGGGUCAUGCCAUCAGACGCCGGGCCAGCGUCCUGCUUGGCAGCGAGCUACGAUGGCACGCUCCUACUGACGGGGCACCCCAACGGCCAGAUCCUCAAAUGGGACGUGGCCGACAACAGGACCCCCGUGGAACUGGCAAACCUCAACGCUUCCGUCACCAACAUCAUCUUCACGUCGCCCCUACCGGGCAGGAAGAACACCAAGGCGAUGAACAUCGUCAAGCCUGGCCAGGGCGGGCGGCAUUACACCUUCACGGCCCAGCUAGAGUCCGAGCUCGGGCCGGAAACCCGGUUCGACUCCUCGCUGAACGCCACAGGGUUCCCCCAAGACGUCCUCGAGGGCGCAAUAUCCGCGUUCCAACAACCUUCGGCUGAGAGCGCAGGCGAUCAGGAUCUGGCGAGGCAGAACGACGAGCUGUGGGGGAUCAUCAACGAGCAGAGGGCCCUCCAGAAGCAGACGCUGCAGAAGUACAUCGACGCGAAGGCGGCACAUCCGUAGUGGCAGACUUGGGGGUUUGGAUUGGACAUGGGCUUGGCGCUUCCGGCCGGAGACACACGGGGCAUACAGGAAACAGCUUGUGGUCGGCCUCUUUUGGGAAGGCUUCGAGCGGGCUGCCUUAGUAGAGGACGCCUAUGUACAUACAUACAUACGUACAUACUUUGAAAAUCCGAGAGCCCCGAACCUCCCUUG